AUGAGAUGUCAUCAAAUUGUGAGAGGAAAGCUUUUUUGUUUUCAUGAUCGUCGGAAUGAAGUAAUUGUUGCAUCAGACAAGCAAGAAAUAGGACUCAUUGAAGAGGAAUGGCUGGAAUGGAAUGGAGAGAAUGAUUUUGUUCUUUCUGAAAAUUUCAAUUUAAAACAAGUUUACCCUUCAAAUUGUAAAACAUUUAGAAUUUUUGAUUUGGCCAAUGUGUCAUUAGGAUUGCGCCAAAUAUUUCUAUUGAUCAUAAACUCGACUUUAGAAUUGACAUUGUUUGUGAAAGUUUGUGGGAAAUUGAAUGAAGAAUGGACUAAAUGUUUAGAAUUGAAAUUAUCCAAAUUUUCUCUGAAUUCAUCAUGCACUAUUGAUCUUGUUGGAUUUGACGGCCCAUCUUUCAUCAUUAAGCAAGAUUCUCAACUGUAUUGGAUUACAGAUAUAUUAACAUCUACUCUUCAAUUUGAAGUUAUGUAUCUUCAGUUAUCCAAUGAUGAAACCAAGAAUAGAAUAAUUUUUUCAGGAUAUGCUGGAAUGGAUACCAAGUUCUGGUACACUGUAUUCUCUACAAACCAAAAUCAAUUCAGUGUGUUGAAAAUUCCAAUAGACCCUUCCAAUGGAGAGUGUUCAUUAGAAAUAUGUGCAUCAUUGGGCAAUAGUUAUCCACUACCACCUUCUAGUUAUUCUUCAAUAUGUACUUGCUUAACCUAUGUCAAUUCAGAAAAAUCAGGAGUAUUUGGAACGUUGGAAAAGGAGCUUUUAUUUUUCAAUGCAGACUCUAUCACUAGAUGUCUCAAACUUUCAUCUAUUCCUGUGAAGUUACAUUAUCUACAUUUGAAUGCUAGACCUGUUCAUGAAGAAUAUAUUCUCGUACAUACCUCUGAUCGAUCAUUACAAAUAAUUUCUCUUGUCGAUUUCUCUAUUGUAAGAGAAAUUGAAAAAGUAUAUGACUUUCUAGUACACGAUUUUUUCAAUGUUGGAACUAUGCAAUUAUUAUGUAUUCACACAGAAUAUUAUUACGGAAAAUUACACUACACUCUCAUUCCUAAUCUUAAUACUACCAUAAUUAAUGGAAUAAUUCAUGAUGAAUUAUCAGAAAGAUCGAUUCAUUUGUACUCAGUAAUGAGAGCACUAGCCACACAAAUCGAAAACACGAACAACCAUAUUAAGAACUUGGACAAUAUCAAACAAGAUAAACAAAACCUUUUGAGACAUCAAAAUAGAGUGACCCAAGAAAUUUUGAUAGACUUUCAAAAACGUUGUGAUGAUAAAUAUCAAAACAGUACUGAGCAAAAUAAUGAGAUUCAACCACAAGAUCCAUCCUAUGGAAAGGGUAUUAGUGUUUCUUUUGAAAACAACAAAUCACUCGAGAAUAAUCUUUUCUAUGAUCAUCAUGUACAAGAUACAACAAAUGUGGAAUCAAUGCAUUCUCUCUCAGACACAGAUAUUACUUUAAAGUCAGCUUCACAGGCCUUAAACACCAAAUAUUGGGAUAUAAGAAGUUGUUUCAUUACGAAAAAUGAUAUGGAUGUUAUUUUAUUGCCAAUAUCGAAUCAUUGCCCAUUGCAAGCUGAAAUAUUUAAAAAAACUGAAAUUUCUAAUUCCUCUAAAUGUAUUCACUUGACAACACGAAUUGAAACUCCACUUCACUAUGCAGACGACGAUUUUUCUGUAAAGUGUCUAUUAAUUAAGAGAAAACCCAAUUCAGAACCAUUAUUUGAAUAUAUGGGAGUUUUGCAGCCAUCUGUAACAGACAAGCUAUUUGGUCUCAAGCAACCGAUCAAGAGCAACUUUGCAGACAUUCAAACUACACAAUUAAUAUUUAUCAUGAAACAUGACUCGGUGGAAAAGUCAUUGAAAAACAUUUUGAGUGAAAUAUGGGUGGAUCGACUCUGUAUGACAACAACAAACAAUAACGACUAUGAAUACUGUUCCUCCUCAAAAGGAUAUAUUUCACCCUUAUUUUACAAAGCAAUGAUUAACUAUGAAUUAACAACUUGCACAGAGAGUACUCUUAUUUGUGAUGUUUUGAGUGACACAAUAGAAAAUAUGAUUUUGGUUCUCACCACCAUCAUUGAUCAUCUUCCAGAAAAUAUCAUUGUGAUACCUUCAACGUUUGCCGAAAAUGUAUUGAAGCAUAGAAAAGCAGUUUGUGUAAAUAUCAAUAAGGAAGUCAAUCAUGUAAUUUUUAAAAUGCAUGACCAUGUGAAGCAAAGUACAAUGAUGAACCCAAGAGAACAUGAAUUACAACAAGACUUGCUUGAAUAUCUCUCACUUCAAAUUGAAACAGAUCAAUCCAUGUUGAACUUGUUGAAUGCUCUUCAGUAUCAUCAUUGA